UAAAGGAGGGAAGGGGUGGCAAAAGAACAACCGAGGGGAACGUGAAGACCAGCGGAUAUGAUGAGAACGCUACCCCUACAUGUCAAGAUCUCCAUCUGACGAUUAGGGAUGAGUUUCAGGGACGAGAACGAGGAUGGGAGGGAUUUGCGGAAGCCAUUUCUUCACACUGGAAGCUGGUACAGAAUGGGGUCGAGGCAAUCUAGUAUGAUGGGGUCGUCUCAGGUGAUUCGGGACAGCUCCGUCUCCGUCGUCGCUUGUGUUCUCAUCGUCGCCUUGGGUCCUAUCCAGUUCGGUUUCACUUCUGGUUAUUCUUCGCCUACGCAAUCCGCCAUCACCAAGGAUCUCGGACUAACGGUCUCGGAGUACUCUCUAUUUGGUUCUUUAUCAAAUGUGGGCGCCAUGGUUGGGGCAAUAGCCUCCGGUCAGAUUUCUGAAUAUAUUGGGCGAAAAGGGUCAUUGAUGAUUGCUGCAAUUCCUAAUAUAAUCGGAUGGCUCACAAUAUCAUUUGCUAAAGAUUAUUCAUUCCUGUACAUGGGAAGGUUGUUGGAAGGAUUUGGUGUGGGAAUAAUCUCUUACACGGUACCUGUGUACAUAGCUGAAAUAUCACCUCAGAACUUGAGAGGAGGCUUGGGUUCAGUGAACCAGCUCUCUGUCACCAUUGGAAUAUUGCUGGCUUACUUGCUUGGACUUUUUCUCAAUUGGAGAUUACUAGCAGUUUUGGGAAUAUUGCCUUGCACAAUUUUGAUACCUGGCCUAUUUUUUAUCCCAGAAUCCCCUCGGUGGCUUGCAAAGAUGGGUAUGACAGAAGAUUUUGAAGCUUCUUUGCAAGUUCUUCGGGGGUUUGAUACUGAUAUUACUUUUGAAGUGAAUGAAAUCAAGAGGGCUGUUGCAUCAACGAGCAGAAGAACAACAAUCCGAUUUGCAGAACUCAAACAAAGAAGAUAUUGGUAUCCUUUAAUGGUAGGAAUUGGGUUACUUAUUCUGCAACAGCUCAGUGGAAUCAAUGGUGUUCUAUUCUAUUCCACUACCAUUUUUGAAUCUGCUGGGGUUUCAUCAAGUAAUUUGGCUACAUGUUUAGUUGGGGUUAUUCAGGUUAUUGCCACAGGAAUUACUACAUGGUUGCUGGACAAAGCUGGACGUCGGCUUCUACUUAUUAUCUCCUCCUCUGUAAUGACCAUUAGCCUCCUAGUAGUUGCAGUGUCAUUCUUCUUAAAGGAUGCUGUAUCAAAGGAUUCAAGCUUAUAUAGCAUAAUGAGUAUCUUGGCAGUAGUUGGAGUUGUGGCUAUGGUAGUUGGCUUCUCUCUGGGAAUGGGACCCAUUCCUUGGGUUAUAAUGUCUGAGAUUCUUCCAAUCAAUAUAAAGGGCCUUGCAGGGAGUGUUGCAACCCUUUCCAACUGGUUCUUUUCCUUUGUGGUUACCAUGACUGCAAACUUGCUCUUGACUUGGAGCAGUGGAGGAACCUUCACCAUUUACAUGGUUGUGAGUGCUUUCACAGUUGUGUUUGCGGCCAUUUGGGUCCCUGAAACGAAGGGCAGAGCUCUGGAAGAAAUUCAGUUUUCUUUUAGAUAGUCUCUCUUUAUUUUCCCUUUUUGCUUUGAGUUCGUGAUAUGCAGUUCCCGUUUUGCUCCGACCCUGAAGAUACCGAGCAAAUUCAGGUGUAUUUUUUGGCUUGGCAUAAAAGCAGGCGUCCUGUUCCAACCGAAACUUUGUUCAUCAUCGUGUUGUAUUGCUACGUAGCUCCAUGAUAAAUUUUUAUUAAUUUGUUCUUUUUGUCUCUGAAAAUUUAUCUCGUUAUUUCAUUAAAUUAAUUAGUAAUUUGUACCAGCAAACUUCGUUCAGACAUGGAAUGGAUUCCAAGUUGGGAAA